AAAAUUUGAAGGUCGAAGCUACGAAAAUAUGAUGUGCAAUUAAAAUUUGUCCAAUAAUGUUUCUGUAGACUUUACGUACAUUCCACGUCUUGGUACCUACUACUUGAUUUUUCACAAUAUCGCUUUUCAAUGGACCAUUUGAUAAAAUCUUGUGAAAGUUUAGUCAACCCUACCUGUUCUAUUAAAUUCGAAAAACUUGUGGAAUUUGGCCUAACCGGAAUCGUCAUUCGUGAAUAUCAACUACAAGGAAUUAACUGGUUAAUAAAUUGUGAUUUACAAAAUCAUGGUGGACUAUUAUGUGAUGAAAUGGGUUUAGGUAAAACAUGUCAGGUUAUUUGUUUUAUUUUAGCUAUCAGUAAUUGGAAAUCUAAUGCUACUUUUUUAAUUGUAUCUCCGCUUUCUGUUAUAGAAAAUUGGAGAUGUGAACUUCAAAAUAUUGCUCCUAAUAUUUCAUUCAUGACUUAUAUCGGCGACAAAGUAACACGUUCUAACUUACGAUCUAAUUACAAUAAAUCAAUUAAAGUCCUGUUAACUACUUACGAGAUUUGUAUUAAUGAUGAAGCAUUUUUUAAAACAUUCUAUUGGAACUAUGUCAUUAUUGAUGAAGGGCAUCGUCUUAAAAACUCUAAUACUCAAUUGUAUUCAAUGUUAAAUGAGACAUGUCUAGGAAUUCGUUUUAUACUAACUGGUACACCAGUUCAAAAUAACUUAGAAGAGUUGUUCAAUUUACUGCAUUUUGUCGCACCUAACUAUUUCCAUGGAAAAUUACGUUCUACAUUUUUAAGUCAUUUUGGCAAUACAGAUAAAAAUGAAACAGACCAAGAUAUGGCGAAAAUUUUACGUCCAUUCCUUUUACGGCGUAUUAAACAAAAUGUCUUAACUGAUUUACCACCACGUGCAGAUAUUUUAAUCUAUCAUUCAUUAACUAGUUUACAAACACAAAUUUAUCGGGCUCUAUUAACACGAAAUGCAGAUUUAUUUCAAUCUAUUACUGGUCAACAUAAUAAUGAUCUACGUAUUCACAAUCGUUUACAGAACUUGAUUAUGAAUUUAAGAAAAUGUGUAAAUCAUCCAUAUUUAUUUGAUGGUAUAGAACCAGAACCAUUCACACUUGGUGAACAUUUAAUUCAAACAAGUUCAAAACUUUUUCUAUUAGAUCUUCUUUUACAAUUUUUAUAUAAUCCUAAUCAUUCUAAUUUGGAUAAAUCAUUUUAUUCUUUUAAUUUAAAACCUGUACAUAAAGUUUUAAUCUUUUCUCAAAUGACUCGUAUGCUUGAUAUUAUACAAGAUUAUAUGACUUUAAAAGGUUAUAGUUAUGAACGUUUAGAUGGUUCAGUACGUGGUGAAGAUCGUUUUCAAGCUGUUAAAAGUUUUAAUGAAGAUCAAGAAACAUUUGUGUUUCUACUUAGUACUCGUGCAGGUGGUCAGGGUUUGAAUCUAGUCUCUGCUGAUACUGUUAUCUUUGUUGAUAAUGAUUUUAAUCCACAAAUCGAUGUACAAGCCGCUGGGCGUGCUCAUCGUAUCGGUCAAACCAAGCCAGUUCGAAUAAUAAGACUUGUUUGCCGGCAUACUGUUGAAGAAGCAAUAUUAUCUCGUGCAGAGACCAAAUUAAAAUUAGCAACUCGUGUAUUAAAUACGACAGAUUUAAAAAAUCUAGAAAAUAAAACUGAUAAACCAUUCACAUUCGAUGAGUUGAAUAAUGUUCUUAAAUUUGGAUUGGCUAAACUACUCAAGACAACUGAUAACGAUGUUGGUAACAAUAAUGAGGAUGACAAGAAAGUUAAUCUGAAUUUUACUCAAAUACUUGGUGAAACAGAUCAUGAAACAGGACACUGGUUACCAGUUCCUCCAUCUACCGUAAAUAAUGGCACCUUAGAAGAACAGAUAAAUUCUUGUGGUUGGGUGCUACUCACAAAUGAACCGUUUCACUGUGAACCUAGUGAAGCUGAUCAAGAAGCAGUUAAAAAGUUGCAACAAGACUAUGAAUUAACCAAAUCUAAAUUAAGCGUUGAAGAUGAUGAAUUGCUUGCAUCAGAAAAUAUUACAGGAUUUGGUGUAUCGAAUUCUACUUUCACCAAACUGAAUAAGCAUCGCAAAAAGUUAACACCAGAAGAAAUUGAAGCUCGUAAUAAAAAGGCUGCUGAGACUAAAGCUAAACGUGAAUAUAAACGAAAAGAAAAUGAAGCAAUUCGGAGCGCUGAGCGUUUAGAAAGAAAACUUUCUUUAUGGCAAUCUGUUGGCUAUAAAACAUUCAGUGUGUUCCGAGAUGAAUCAACUAUAGCUGAAGUAAAUCAUUAUCCACAUCCUAAUCAUAGGGAUCAAUUCGAGAAUGUACUUGAUAAUGAUAAUGACUUCAGAGAUGAAAUAAGAAAUAACAUGGCAAGUGAAGAGUUUCCAUAUGGAACUGAUGCUGGAAUCUACUAUAAAAUUGGUGAUGCCUCAGAGCCACUUAGUAUUUUCUCACUAAUGAAAGCUGAAAAUAAAAUUGAUGGUACACCACCAUAUUUUGUAUGUACUACUAUUGAUAAUAGUGGUCAUUGGAGUCAUGGUGGAAUAUUUCGAGCUCUUGAUAGACGUAGUAAUAAUAAAAUCAAAGAUGCAUAUGAAUUAGCUGGUCAAAUGGAUGAUUUAAAUUUAGGUGAUUGUUUAAUUGUUCCAAUUGAGAAUCCUGACAAUUCAUCAUCUUCAUCAUCGACAAAAAAAGAAAUUAAAACUUUUAAUGACUAUUUAACCAACCAUCAUAACAAUAAUGAUAAUAGUGAUGAUGAUGAUGAUAGCACUAAACCGACUGUCCAUAAUCAUUGGUCAAAUAAUUUUUCUGGCCUUUUAAUUGCUCAAAAACAUUCCAGUAAAACAUAUUCAACUGGUGAAGCUCCAGAUUUACAACUAAAUGCAUUAGAAAAAAGUUUAUGUGCUCUUGGAAUGGCUUGUGCUCGUUUGAAAUUGUGCUCUGUUCAUAUUCCUCGAUUAGGACAUGGAACUCAAGCAUUUACAUGGUAUAAAAUUGAAAGACUAUUAAGAAAACAUCUUGUUGAUCAUCAUCAUAUUUCAGUAUAUGUAUAUUAUUAUCGUCCAGUUAAUGCAGAUAAUCAUCAUUCAUCUGAUUCCUGUACAACAUCUACUGCUUCAUGUUCGUCUACAUCAACUAAAGAACCUUUUAAGUCUCUGAAACGAAAAAUCUCCUCUUCAGAAAACAAAAUUAAUUUUAAUCAAAAUCUGGAAACUAUGCAACCAGCCAAAUAUUUGUAUAAUUUAUUUACAGGCAAAUCAUUCUAUAUUGACAGUUCUCUAGUUGAUGGCAAUGAUGGUGAUGAUGAUGAUGAUGUGAAGAAAUUAAAACGAAUAAUUAUUGCUUAUGAUGGUGUUAUAGUAUCCAACCUAGACUCAUCUGUUACGCAUAUUAUUUACACAGGUAAAUUAAAUCAGAGGAUGAAACCGAUCGAUAAAGAGGUAAGUGCUUUUUAUACCACAAAUACAUUCGAUUGUUAACCGAAAGGUUAGUGGUUCAAGCCCAUCCGGGGGUGGUAGGCACUUUGCCCCCAAAUGCCCUGGUACAGCCAAGACUCGAGAGAGUCCCCUCUCUAUCCCUCUCCAAAUGCUCUCACAUGACCACGCGUAUAUAGUUUCUGCCAGGGAAGUCCUACACGCUAUCUUCUCGCGGCAUUACUGAUGUUUACGAAAUUGAGAGGACGAAAAGCAAAUGUCCAGAGAUUUAACCGAGUUGGUGGACACGGAGAGUCCACCUGGGGGAGUUGGAAAACCCUCAUCCUAAACAAUGAUGCAUUUUGGCUCCAGUAUCCUAGAGCAGCAAAUGGCCUACGAACCAAUCGUUGGUCAAUAGCUACCAUGGGAGUGCAUCUCCUCACGUUGCUCCACUACUUUGUGAAUUAGACCUUUAGGUGAAAAGCUCCGAAUGGCCCGUUAAGAAAACCACCUGUUUCGGUUUGGGCACCCAGGCAACACCCAAGCCCUCACAUAAAUCGAAUGAUUUAUGUGGUGCAUAUCUAUUUAGUGCCUCCUUGUACCAAUAUUUAUGUGUUUGGAUGAAUAAAUAAAUGAAUUCAUAACCGGGAAUUUAACAUGGAUAGUCUGUCUAAUCGAUACAUCAACUUCAUAAUUAAGGUUACUAGUUAUGGUUAACCAUCAGACAUAUGGUCGCUUGGGCUGUCUGAUCUUUUGUAUAAUUUACUGAUUAUUGAUAAACUGAAUUCGGGAGUCAUUUACCCAUAUAAUUUUCUAGCAAAACAUCUAAAAUUAAGUGAGAUAUGUAUAAACAUCAUCCAACGUUGUCGACUUUGACUAAAAGUUGAAAAAGACACAUUGUAUAGAAUAAAAUAGUCCUACUUAAUUCCUCGGUUCCCUUAAAAGUCCUCACUGGUGAUGAACAAUUGUUCUGACAAUACGAUAUCUCAUCUGAAUUCUGGAAACUACGAGGGAUGUUUAUAACGAGACUAGAGGUAAAAUGUUUUGCCAUGAAUAAAGAGUACAUUGAAAAGAAAUACGGUCUACACUCACAUACACAUCAAAUUUUGUAAUAUAAAUCCUUCUAGAUUUCAAUCCACAUUAUUUACCAAACAGGUUACGUCUAAUGUACUUAAACUUACUCAAAAUUGAUUACCUCAAGUGGUGUUCGUCAGGGCUAUCCACUCUUUCCAUUCUUGUUUAACUUUAUUGUAGACGUGCUUUUAGAGAUAACACUUUCCUCAUCUGAAUUUCCAGGGAUUGAAUUUCUACCAGGAGAUCCACUUGUUGACUUAGAAUAUGCUGAUGACAUAGAUUUAUCUGGCGAAGACGCUGACAAAAUGCAGAGUCUUCUGACCUUUCUAAGCAACAAUGCAAGUAUGUUCGGGAUGAGAUUCUCCCCCUCGAAAUGCAAAAUGUUGCUUCAGGAUUGGGUUACAUCGACACCCGAACUAGUGAUAGGGAGUGAAGUAGUUGAGUGUGUCGACCGCUUCACUUAUCUUGGAAGUCUCAUCAGCCCUUGUGGUCUGGUGUGUGACGAAAUCUCAGCACGGAUACAGAAGGCUCGACUAGCUUUUGCCAACUUGCGUCAUUUAUGGCGUAGGCGAAAUAUCAGUCUAUCAACCAAAGGACGUGUUUACUGUGCAGCAGUUCGUCCCGUCCUACUUUAUGGCAGUGAAACAUGGCCGGUAAGAGUAGAGGAUAUCCGUAGGUUACUAGUAUUUGAUCAUAGGUAUCUUCGAAAUAUUGCUCAUAUAUCCUGGGACCAUCGAGUAAGUAAUGCAGUUGUUAGGAAACGGGUACUAGGUAAGGAUGGCAAAUCAAUUGAUGAAGUGGUGAAACUUCAUCAGCUGAGAUGGCUGGGACGUGUUACGUAUGCCCAACCACCGACUGCCUCGACGUGCUAUAUUCAGUGGUAUAGGAGUAGGUUGGAAGAAAGCUAGGGGCGGUCAGACCAAAACAUGGCACAAGUCCAUGAAGUCACUGACAAGUGGACUGAGUCAUAUUGGUAGGUAUAGACUACCUGGUUGGGGACCGCGAGAUGAUAGAAACCGAUGGUUAGAGACCCUGAAUGACAUGGCUCAAAAUGGUUUGCAAUGGCGCAGGUGCAUCCACUCUUUGUGUUUUUCCAGAUUCUAAUCUUUUGAAUUCUUCAUGUCCCUUUCUUUCUUCUCUUUCCAAAUUUAUUUCACUGGAUUAUACUCCUUGAUAACAUCUUCAAUCCCUGGUCUUUCCGACUACUGCUUAUACUCUUACUACCUCGACAACUGCAUCUCUGUGCAAAUGUGGUAUGGCAACUCGAACUGAUGUACGUACGUACGAAGUUCUACGUUGUUACUGACUGACUUAGACUCAUUUUAUAUAUGAGUAAAUAACGUGUUUGAUUUAAAGACAUAUUGAUAGUUUACUUAAAAGCAUCAUAUUUAAAUGACCAAAUUUUUUUAAUUGUAUAUCUGUUAAUUCGCAUCAUUCUAUAAAUCUAGAGCCCAUAUGAUUAACAUUUAUUAAAUUGUUGUUUAAUUCUUUACUUUCAAGAAUUGUUUCCAAUUAUCUGCAUCAUGGAUUUGGCAAAGUAUAAAAAAGCGUAUCUGUCUACCAGAAUCUGACUAUAAUAUAAUGUAAUAUUUUAUGCCUUUCUUUUCUUUUCUUUUUUUUUUAAGAUUGUAAACAUUAUUUUUUCUAGAAGCAUAUCCCUUUCCUUUUAAGAUUUCUAUUAAUACUGUAUAUUGACUAUUUGUAUACAACAAUAAAGUGAUAUAUUGAAUG